AUGGCAAUGAGAGGACCGCGUCACCCCAUCGGGGCAGCGCCCUGGAUCGUGGAGGAGCGCACGACGGCGCUGCACAUUGCCCAAUCUGAGACCGAGGAGUUCUCUUUCUCGGUCAAGAACGAGAUGGACUGGCUGAACGAGCACAUGGCCGAGAUCUUUUCCGAAAACCCAAUAAGCGUCGCCGAGAUCUUCAAGACCCCCGGAAAGCUGCGUGGAAAGACACCACGGACAGCACGAACAGUAACCAGGGGGGACAUCCGAGCACCUCUGACGGACGUCUUUCUGUCCACGCCCAAGGGCCCGCCAAACCCGUUUGCCAUCUCCAAGCUCACCGGGAUCCAGCAGCAGCAGCGCCGGAACUCGCCCACAUUCAGGGUCGCCGAGGACCGGCCAACCGGCUCAAGCCCCAGUCCGCGUGUGAGCCCGGCAAAGGUCCGGCCUUCCGCAAAAACGCCGUCGUCCGUCUUCCGCAAAAACACCUUCCACAGCGCCCAGAAGGCAUCCGCGUGUGCAAGAAAACCAGAGCCGGCAUCGUCGCUCGGAGACUCGGGAUAUCAUGGAAGCCAGGACAUGACCGACCAGGACGAUGACGACGUGGAUGUCGAUGUCGAUGUAGAUGUCGAUACUGACGAUCUUGCCAUGUCCAGCACAAGACCGAUCUUGCAGCCGACGCGUCAGGCUGCUUCAGGACCAAAGGCCAUCAACGUCCCGACCAGCACCACACCAGCAGCACGAACACCGAUACAACCGAGCACAACACCUCUGCUGUUGUCGCCCGACGAAGCUCGUGGCCGCCGCAGUCCCACGCAGCCGGACCACUCGUUCCACUCCGCGAAAGAAGAGCCCACCGAAGAUAUGCUACCGCAGGCUGCCGCGUCAUCCGGCAGCAUCACAGUCUCUUCGUCUCCCUUUGUCCCGGUGAAGUCCCCCUCUCCGGCUCGUGCCACGAUGGCGAUGUCACCACAGCGAAAGCCGGCACCACCGCCAAUGCAAUUGCAGGACCAGCAAGAGCAGCAAGAGCAGCAGGAACCGUCUUCCCCUCUGGAAUCCACCACACCGGCGUUUCCGCCACCCCAAGAGCUCUUGACUGCUAUGGGGCAACUACCUGCCGACGAUCCGUUGCUGGCUCCAUCAGCACCCACCUCUCCCCUGGUGACGCCUUCAAAGACGCAAGGCCAUGUUGCCAUGGAAGACGAGAUGGACGUCAAUGAACCAGAGGAAGACAUGGAAGAGGAAGUCGAGGUGAAAGCGGAAGCGGAAGCAGAAGACGAGCAGAAGGUGGAAGCAUCACAAUCUCCAGACUUUGACACAAGUCCUGUCCGCCCGGUCGUUCGAAAGAGCAGCCUGAACUUCGCGUCUCUGCCGGCACGAGAACCGUUCACAUCGAAUAAGAGCAUUGGCGGUGCUGCCCGACCGUCACGCACAAGUCACACUGACACAGCCAGAGCUGGCUACUACAACCGUGUCACAGGCGGCAAGAGUCUCGGCAAUGCGCAACCAGCAGAACGGGAAGACGGAGAGAACAACGACCACGACGAGCUGGAUGCCGACGAUGUCUUCUCUUCUCAUGACGCUAUGCAGGCCGACGAGGAUGCUACGUCUGACAACAAGACAUACACACAGCGUCUGCAGGACCGGAUCAGCAUGUUGGGCAAAUCUCAGGCGAGCGGCCCACGGCCCUCCAAGUCGCUGGCUAACCAUCUUCCGGGCGCAACGCAGACCAUGCUGUCCGCCUUGGCACAGCCGCAAAGAUCGCAGCCCUCUGCCACGUUGUCAUCUCCGAAGAAAAUCACGAGCCCGGUCCUGGCGCCUGGCGCUUUCCCGGAAGAGGUCGACGAGGACUGGAUCAUGCCCCCCCCGGAUACUGCUAUAACCAGUCCCCGGCUAAACAUGCCGGAAACCUUUGCUUCUGCGGACACAGACGAAGAGCAGGAUUUACCAGACAGCCAACCGGACUUUGUUCUUCCUAAGCAGCGUCAAAGUGCCGUGGCGGCUGCGUCACCCUUGAAGACAAAAGUCAUGGCCCUGCGCGAAAACAGUCCCCGCGUCAAUGGGCACAUGAAGUCAGCGUCCGUCCCGUCCUUGUCGCUGUUUGCUCCCGACUUGAUGGCUGCGCGAUUGCCUUACCCGACCGACGUCUCUGGCACCGGGCUGUCGGUUGUGACCGACCUGAGAGACCUGCCGUCUUCACCGACAAAGUCACCUUCCCGCGCAUUCCGUGACAGUCCUCUCAGGCAGGUUAAGAGCAAGCUUACCUCGAUCAUCAAGGGCUCCAAAGGGCUGCUUGCCAGCAGUGCGGCACUGAGUGCCGAGGGUAAAUCGUCGCUUCUGUCUCCUUCCACGCUGCGGCUCGGCAUGAACCUGGCGCCCUCAACAGAGUCCCUGGCUCUACGCCACGGCAGCGUGAGCGUGGACCUUGGCUACCCUGACCUUUCUCGGCAAAUUGCAGCUGCCAAACUGCUUUUUGAAGGCGACUAUAACGCAGAACAAGCUGCCACCUCUGCUGAGCCGGAGUCUCCGGUACGCGUCAGUCCGACUCGUCCCAACAUCCGCAAGACCCGGGCUUCAACGGAGCGGGAGCGUCGCGAACAGAAAAUCCGGGAAAAGGAGGAGAAGGAGACCCUGCGAAUGGAAGACCGCUUUGAGAAGCUGGAGAAGGAACGCGAAAAGGAACGCGAGAAAGCGCGAAUCUUUAGCGAAGAGAAGGCGGCACAGCAGGAGCAGCUUCAAAAGCAGGCGCAGCUGCAGCAGUCGGCACAAAAUGACGACGACGAGCUGAACGCAGACGACUACACGCAGCGGCAGCCUGCUGUCCAGGACCAGCAAAAGCCGGCAAGCUCUCCGUCUCGCGCUCCUGCGAAGCCGGCAAAGCCCAGUCCACGAAAGGCCAAGACGCAACAUCUGGAGCCUGAUGCAGAUACGGAAGAUCCAUCUCAAAACACGCGCCCUCAUGCCCAUAGCACAGUCCUGGCAAACGCAUCCGUCCCUCGGUCAGCCCAGGCCAAGCGCACGAUCCGGCGUCCUAUCAAGCCUACAAAGGAAGCGCCCUCGAAAGCCAAGCAGGCGCCGACUGUCAUCCGCGUCAACACAUCCAGCUCGCAGCAGCAGUCACAGUUCCACCCGUCGAACAGCGCGCUUGCUGCAACGCCGCAUGAAACUCUCACGGGGCCGCAGCAGUCGCAGUCGCAGUCGCAGUCGCAGUCGCAAUCGCAAUCGCAUCAGCUCAAGAGCAAGGCUAGCGCGGCGUCGCUGCACACGAAACCGUCCCUGCAGAGCCUCAAGAGCUCGGUGUCCAGCACCGGCCGGCCCAAAGCAUUGGACCUCGCAGCACGGCGGAAAGAGCAAGAGGAGCGAGAGGCGCAGCGCAAGCGUGACUACAAGGCAGAGCUGGAGAGGAAGAGGGCAGCCAACCAGGAGCAGGAAGAACAGCGGCGGCUCGACCAACAAAAGGAGCGGGAGGCCGAGAUGGCCCGGAAGGCAGCAGCGGCAGCACAACUGAGACAGGCAGCCAUCGAGAAGGCCAAGCAGACACGAGCACCGCCGCCAGCACCGCGAACACAGCUACCGAGCGGGCCGUCAGACUAUGGGCGAAGCGAGACCGCCGGUCAGCAGCCAUCGCGACCGCAAUCUCGACUGGCCACGGCAACCUCGGGGCAUCGUUCUCAGGACGAGGCACAUCGGCCGGUGAAUGCGGCUCUUUCCAACGCAGGCAAGUCCCUGUCGAAACGGCCAUUGCCUGCCACGGAUCACACCCAGGCCCACGGCAGAUCUGUGACGGCCAACAGUGGCAAUGCUGCGGCAUACCAGGCCAAGGAGGCCAAGAGAAUUCGGCUGAGCGAGGAGUUCGACGAGGAUGAGCUCGAAAUGGGAGGCCAUAUCCCGCGUGUGUCCAGCAUCAAGGGACCGCCAGUCCGGCCUUCGGGAGUGUUCAAAAAGGAUUUGCCAAACAAGUCACUAUAUGGAAACGGAUAUGCAACAGCACCGUCGACGGCCAACAUAUCGCGCGACCUCUUCAAGACGACGGUGACAUCGCAGCACAACCACCAGAUGCGGGCUGGCCACCCGCUGGACAUGGCACAGGUUUCCAAAGCGACAAUCUCGUUUGCACCAAACACCAAUGCAGUAGUUUCAGCUUCGGCAUCUGCUGCUUCAGCUUCAGCUGCAUCCAACCCCCACAAGACGCCUGCACGACCGGCUGGCGUGCCACUGACAAGCAAGUCUACGGCAAAGUCGGUUGCACGGUCGUCACCUCGCUAUCCCAACGGCGAUGGCAUCGAACUGCCCGAGAUCCAGACGGACGACGAGGACAGCGACGAGGAUAGCAAUGUCAACGUAGCACCAUGGGCAGACUCGCCCGAUCUCCGGAGAGCCUUGAUGCAACAGGAGACGAUGGACCCGAUGCAGGUGUUUGGGCCGCCGCGGCCACUGAACAUGGAGGAGGUGUUCAGCAAGAGCAAAGACAGGUGGAACAAGUUCCGUGCGCGGACCAGCAGUGCCAACUGGAGCGGCACAGACCGUCUGACGGAGGAUGACAUUAGGAAGGAUCUUGCCGCACGCGACAAGAUACGGCGUGAGGGAGGAUGGACCUACGAGCUGAACAAGGAUAUGAUGUAA